AUGCGCGCAAGUGUGCAGACACCUUGCCCUCCAGCCGAAAGAGAGACCUCGAUCCCGCAGCGACAGCAGCAGCCCGUUAUCUCGGCCGCACAGCCACUGAUAAGCCCGACCGCUUUGCAACUUCUCCUCCUCUUCCUAGGAGUAGAGACAACCACCAUGGCCGCCAUCAUCGGCGACGUUUUCGACUCGUCGGCACGCUUUGGUGUCAUCCGCGGCCACUCUCACUCCCACGACAUCGAUCUCUGCGGGCAGCGCUCCGUCAGCCGAUCUCGCGACCGCGACCGCGAUGCCCAGUCCCACAACACCCCGCGCCCAACCGCGCCCAGCCCAAGGAGACACGCCCACACACAUGCGCCCUUCGCCAUCAUGCCCAUGACUUGGAGAGACUCUGAUACUCAAGCCGCGCCCAAAUCCCGCAUUCCCUCGCCGCCGCCUUCAUCGUCGUGUUCGUCGUCGUCGCAGACAGAUGCGCAGACUGUUAGGAAUGAGGUACCAUCAGAUACGACCAGCGCUGUCUUUUCCGAGUCAUCAACGACAUCCUCCUCAUCGGCAUCAGAAGCGCCCACUGUGGUCGCCGUCCCCGCAAAAAGCAUACCUUCCCCAGACCAUGACCGUGCCCCGGCAUGGGCUUCUUCAACAACUACCCAGUCCAUCCCCAUCCCUCUCUCAGUAGCUGAGCCAGUACCCCCGCAACAAACCACUAUCCGCGUGCGCGACAUCGCACACAUCACCAGCCUGGUGAAAUCCGGUACCCUCUCGGCCUCCGGGCCAGGGACCCUGAAUGAUCCUCCUUUGCAGCAAAUGAAGUACGACAUCUCGGCGAUGCCCAUCGCAGAUAUCAUCGAGAUGAUUGCCGCUUUGCUCACGAAGAUUACGACUACAAACGACAUGGCUGCCGAUGUCCCAGGUCACCAUCAUCGUGGGGCCAGGAAUUUACGCCAUAGCAAAAAAGGGGGGGAUAAAGAUGGGAGUGUAUCCCCCCUUGCGAGCUCGGUGUUGGCCUUCCAUGGGAAGAAUAUCCCCGCUAUCACGAUACUCAGCUAUCUUACGCGCAUCCAUAAGUACUGCCCGACGACGUUUGAGGUGUUUCUGAGCUUACUGGUGUAUUUUGAUCGGAUGACGGAGCGGGUGAAUCAGAUGGUUACGGAGGUGGUCAGGGCGAGAGAGAGCAAUAAAACGGCAAAACAGAGGGAGCCGCCUGAUCAUGAUCGGGAGGAUAAGAUGGAGGUGGAGACGGUGAGCGUGGAGGGGGCCGAGGAUUUGAUUGAUGAUGAGGACGAGGAACAACAAGGGGAGGGCGAUGGGCAGGAGAGGGAGAUGACGUAUUUUGUGGUCGACUCGUUCAACAUCCAUCGCUUGAUUAUUGCUGGCGUGACAUGCGCGAGCAAGUUCUUUUCGGAUGUGUUUUAUACGAAUUCGAGAUAUGCGAAGGUCGGCGGGUUGCCUCUAGCAGAACUCAACCACCUUGAGCUGCAGUUCCUUUUGCUCAACGACUUCCGCUUAGCUGUGCCUGUUGAGGACCUCGAGGCACGAGACAAUGACGAUUACGAUGAUCAUGACCGUGAUAUCAUCGCUUGCUUCUUACGUCCCUACUUAACUGAUUACUUCACCGAGUCCCUCGAACUGCAGACUUGUCCGAUAAACAUGACGGGUAGCACUCAAGCCAGGACAGGUCCCAUCCAAGAGAGCCCUCAGGGACAAACACAGAUCGACACGAACGGCGCCUCCAGCCAUCUCGAAAAAGGCGUCUCCCACCACGAACACGUCCAUCCAAUCCCUCCUGCUAACCAGACUCUUGAAGACCGCCUCCGAAACCCUUUCGCUAACAUUCCCCUCCCUGACCUCCUCUCGCAAACCUCCUCCUUCGCCACUGGCUACUCCCUCUCCUCCCACACAUUCCUCCUACAAAAGGCAGCCUUACUUGUUCAAAAUGGUCCCGACAACUUUCCUCGCGACGACAUCCCCCCCUCCCUGGCCCUCACGAACGACGACCGUGCCAUCUUGGCCAAGGAAGCCUGCCAUCCGUGGAGGUCUCUCCCCCCCAGACUUAUCCUAACAGUCAUUGUCUGCUCGAUUGGCGCUGCCCUCCAAGGAUGGGACCAAACCGGUUCGAAUGGGGCAACAAUCUUCUUCCCUUCUGUCUACGGCAUCGAGUCGUCCUCUGUUCGGGACAGGUUGUUAGUCGGGCUGGUCAACGCCGCGCCUUAUAUCGGGAGCGCACUUCUAGGAUGCUGGUUGGCGGACCCUAUGGCCAACCUCACCGUCCGAGGCAGAGGAUUGGGACGGAGGGGCGUGAUAUUUGUGUCGGGGAACCUGUGUCUUUGGCCGGUGUUGGGGAGCGCGUUUUGUCAGAGCUGGGGGCAGCAGUUGGGGUGUAGGCUUGUCAUGGGGGUCGGGAUGGGACUGAAGGGGGCGACCGUGCCGGUUUGGGCGGCGGAGAAUGUACCUGCGCGUGUAAGGGGGGCGUUGGUUAUGACUUGGCGUGCCCCUCUCCUCCCAGCAAUCCCCCUCCUCGCCCUGCUCUACCUCUGCCCCGAAUCCCCCCGCUGGCUCAUGAAACACUCCCUCUACGCCGAAGCCUUCUCCUCCCUCCUGCACCUCCGCCCCUCCCCUCUCCUCGCCGCCCGCGACCUCAUCCUCAUCCACGCGCAGCUCGACCUCGAGUCCUCUCUAGUGCCCACACACCAAACCUACCUCCAACGCCUAACCGACCUCUUCACCAUCCCCCGCAUCCGCUUUGCAACCCUCGCCUCCACAACCGUAAUGCUCGCCCAGCAACUCUCCGGCAUCAACAUCAUCGCCUUCUACUCCACAACUCUCUUCCUGCAGGCCGGUCAUACUCCUUUCAAAGCAUUGUUAGCGAGUCUCGGCUUCGGCGCAAUCAACCUCCUCUUUGCUCUUCCGGCCCUCAAGACCAUCGACUCCUUUGGCCGCCGCGCCCUUUUGCUGGCCACAUUCCCGCAUACAACCUGGUCUCUACUGGGAGCCGGCUUAUCCGCCGCCCUGAUCGCCCCCGACAAACCAGAGCGUAUGAUCCUCGUCGCCCUCUUCGUCUACCUCUUCGCAGCCUUCUAUGCCCCCGGCUGCGGCCCCGUCCCCUUCGUUUACUCCGCCGAAGUCUUCCCUCUCUCACACCGGGAAGUCGGCAUGGGUUUCGCGGUGGCAGUAUGCUUGGCUGGGGCGGCAAUUCUGGCGAUCACGUUUCCUUUUCUGUUGGAGAAGGCUGGGGUGGGAGGAGCGUUUGGCGUGUAUGCCGGGUUGAAUGUGGUUGCGGGGGUGAUGGUUUGGUUGGGGGUGCCGGAGACGAAGAGACGGACGUUGGAGGAGUUGGAUGGGGUGUUUGAGGGGGGUGUGGGUGGUUUUGUGAAGGGAAGGGUUAGCAGAGAGGGACAACAAAUUUGCUCCUGA